CGAUCCACUUUGACAUUUAUGGUCGUCGGUUUGAGUUUUGACGAUCUUUCGAUAUCUCCUGUUAGACUUUAAAAGAAGAACGUACUAUGGAGAGAACGGAGCAGGGACAAAUCGCCGGCGGCAAUCAGUCGCACAGCGGCUUUUUUUUCGAUCCGAUAAUGGAGGCUUGGUCUAGAAGAAGCAGACGGCAGCUCUGUGAUUGGAGCUGGCGAAAGGGAAAGAUGGAAUCAGAACCCACUUCUCUGUUUCCACUUUUUCAGUCAGCCUCCUUUCUCCUUCUAUCAGCUUCACGGCUUCUCGCAGCCCAUUGCUCGUUUGCUGCCACAACCAGACCAGAGACGCCAUUCUCAAAGGGAUUAAUGGUUAGUCAAGCUCAAGCUCCUACACUGUUGAAAAUCAACAAUCAAGUCCUUGAAGAAAAUAAAUUGAGCAACUAAACCCCUGUAGUAUAACUUUGCUACCAAGUGACCUAUUCGCCCUCCUGGACUUCUGGGCCCUUUCAUCAUCGUGGGCUUUUCUAGUUUGAAUAAUCCUAUGCCUCUCCAAAUUCAACCCAACCCAAACCCGUCCUAUCGGGUCUCUUUAAUAUGUUUUGGGCAGGUAAUAUUCACUUCAUAGACCGAUUAGAGACCAGUAUUCUUCUCAACCUGAUUCGAUCGGAUCUAAGGUCCCUUCCCCGGCCUCUUUGGUAAUUAAGUCGGCCCGUGACAUCCUUGAAUGGGAAGAAGCUCGAGUUUCGAAACCUUCUUCGAUUCCUUACCGGCCAACUCAGUUACCUUCUCAGUCUAGGGGUUCCCGUUUCAACACUGAACCACCGCCCUGUACCCAAGUGAUGUUCUGUGAUGGGUCGUUCAUCUCAGACUCGAGUCCGGCGUCAUAUGGGAUUACUAUUGCUAACUCUCAGGGUCACGUGUACGACGGCAAGACUGAGACCUUCCUUUGUUCUCAUCCGAUUCAGGCGGAAGCUUUUGGUCUUCUCAAUGCUAUUAGGGUUGCUUCUCAGGAUAACAUCCCAACCUGUAUUAGUACAGAUUGCAGGUGCUUUUCCUUGCGUUGCAUCAGGAACCCUCGGCAUGGCCUUGGAUGUGUCGGGCUACCAUUGCGCAGAUGGUUUCGUGUUGAGUUUGUUCCUCGACGUUUGAAUCGAUUAGCGAAUUGGGAGGCACGACAUGCUAGGGUGGGAUCAUUACCAGUGGAUUGGAUUUUAAUUGUCAAUAUUAUUGCUCCACUCCUGUAAUGUGACCACGGUUUUCACGGUUUCGGAUGGAAUAAAAGGUUGCUUAUUGUCAAAAAAAAAGAUUCGACCGGACCUAUUUAAUUCUUCACAUAUUUUGUGUUAAAUUAUAUGUAAUUCUACUCAAAUUAGUUAAAAUCGUAUUGUUAUAUAUCAUAUUCUAGUCAUACUAAAAUUGUAAAUAAUAAUAUUUUAGAUAUUUUUUCUUCAAAGUGGUUCGUAUAAAUCGACCAGCUCUAACUCAUACCUCACAAUAAAAUACCUCGACCUACAACGAGACGAAUAUGAGUAUCGAAACCCCGCCCUAGCUCUCCUUCCCAUCCCUAAACUAAACGGCUAAACCCAUCUCCCCGUUACGGCUGUCAUUUCACCUCUGGUCCAACACCCUUUUCCCGUCCUUCGGCUUCAUUCCAAGGAGCUUAUGAAGCCCGCCAUCGUCGACUGAGAAAAUCACAUUGUGGACUCAAACCAACAAGGCAGGAUACGUGCUCUUUACGGUUAAUCCUGCAAUUAAUUAUUAUGGAAAAUAUGUUAUCUAAUUUUCUAAGGCACAUUACUAAAAUUGACUGUUUUUAUUAUUAACAAAUGACUACUUUAUUAUAUCUCAAUAGCUAUUUUGUCAAAACCAUAGAAAAUUGUUCUAUCUUAUUAUAUUAAUUAACUUAUUUUAGUAUUUAAGUUAGAUGUUUCUAGAAGGUAAGAUAUAUAUAUAAAAUAAUGACUAAUAUCACCAAUUCACCAUUCUUUCUUCGUUUUCCCCUCUCUUUUCCUCAUUUUAAAAUUGAAGCUAUAUUUAUUAUUUACUAGUGGAAAUUUCUAACUAAAUAACUAUUUCUUAUCAAAACAUGUAAGCUUUUAUUAAAAAGUCAUUGUAUUGUCUAAGUUUGAUUAACCUGCCAUCGAUGACCUAUCAAGUCAUUUGUGUUUCCCUCAAGUCAUGCACUAGGUCUAUAGUCUAUACACAAAUAACGUAUAUCUAUUAUAAAAAUAGCAUGCACCUAACAAAGGUUAUUAUACGAUAACAUUCACGCUCAUUAAUUAUUCAUUAUGAUUAGGUUAAUUAUAAUUCAAUUACAAAGCACCCCAAAUUUAAACCCAAUUACUAUAUGUAAUUCGAUUUUGUAAUACUAUGCGGCGGUGAUCUAACGGGACUCGCCGGAGAGGCAGAGCAUCUCUCCGAUCUGAACUACAGCCCUUCUACCGAUGAAUUCAGGAUCGACCAUCGAAGAACGGAGAUGUGGGUUUUGGAUUUCUCGGUGUCGGGAGGUUAUGAUAUCGAAGAGAGAAGGUCUCAAGGUUGGGAAGAAGGAGGCCGGCGAGAAUGAAAACAGAGUCCUCUGAUUUCAAAUCCGACUGCCGACGAGCACUAGCUGGCCAUUACUCUACAGGGCUGGCGAUUGCAGACAUCGAACCCGCACAAAACACCGGAUGAAAGGGUUGAAUAUUAACGAAUAAAGAAAGGAGCUGCGCCAAACGGAGCGUAGGGGCAAAACUACAACACAAGAAGACAAGGGCAGAGGAUAGAGUGAAGGAAGAAACAAGGGAGGAAGGAAGGGGAAGAAGGAGACCCUGAACCCAACACUGCCGGUUCCUGAAUCGCGCCCCAAGGGAAGACCAAUCCCACAACACAAAGUAUAAGGCAGAGAGUGGAACGAGGGAAAGACAUCACAAUGAAAUUCUCCAAGAUUU